GAUCCAUUGUUUAACAACAACAAACAUCUCUCUUGACUUUUGUAACACAAACACUUAUAAGACAAGUAUAAAUAGUUCGUUUCGACUCAUUGAAAUGCGCCUUCCAGUCUAGCAGUAUUUGAUGCCAUAAGAAUCACCACGGGGAGAGAUAAAGCAUGCUGAUAAAUACGUCCUCUCGAACCCGGAUUUUAUUUUUUACUGCUAUUACAUUCAUUUGUAUUCUUCAAUCCGAUACCCAGUCACUGUAUCAUUCCCAAGAAGAAUGCCACAACACGGAAGAAAGGAUAGUGAGGCUGGAGAGCGAGCUGAUCAGACUACGACGUGAACAUGUAGAGAGUGGACGGACUGUAGCCUUUACAGCCCUUCUGUCCAAAGACACAACAGUGAGCGCUUAUGCUGUGGUGAAGUAUGAUCACGUGAUGACAAAUUGGGGAGGAGCCUAUCAACCAACAACUGGUGUUUUUACCGCUCCCUACAAUGGUCUCUACAGCAUCUCCUGUACUUUGAUGAGUUAUUACACUAACCCUGUUCAUUUAGAGGUCGUGAAGAAUGGCAUCAGAUUAUCCGUGGUGUAUUCUGCCAACAGAACGUAUCCCCAAUCUAGUCAGACCUUACAACUAUUAUUAAAAAAAGAUGACAGAAUAUGGAUUCGGAGCAACAAUGACGUUACAAGAACAAUACAUGACCGUAGUGUGUAUAAUGUGUUUUCUGGCUUUCUAAUAAAGGAAUUGUAAUCAUCAAUUAUGAUAUUUUGACAAAAAACGUUUUCAUCUCUAUUUGACUUGGUUGAUAUGCAUAUGAAUAGUUAGACACCUUGAUCUGCAUUGAGUAAUCUGCACGGCAUAUGGUACAAGCACAAUAUUGUUAUUUACAUAUUUAUAUAUCAACUGGUAUAUGAUAAACAUUUUCAAAGUG